CUGAUUCAGCAGCGGCGCGUUUACGCUCUCGAGUCACUCCAGCGCUACCGACUGUCGGGAUGUGACCCCGGAACAGGACUCCUCCAUAUACACAACACAGCUCUCAAAUAUAACAAAAACGACAGAAUCCUGGACCAGGAGAGCAGUGCGUCAGGAGCAGGGGGGAUGAACCGAGAGGAAGCCCCUGGCAAGUCUCCUGAGGAGAUGUACAUCCAGCAGAAGGUGCGGGUGCUGCUCAUGCUCAAGAAAAUGGGAUCAAAUCUGACACCAAAUGAGGAAGCAUUUCUGAGGAAUUAUGCAGGCGUGGUGCAUAGCCAGAUGAGUCAGUUGCCACAGCACCCUAUUGACCAGGGAGCCGAGGACGUGGUGAUGGCCUUCUCAAGAUCAGAGACUGAGGACAGGAGACAGUGACCCCUCGCCAUGCAGAGUCACUACAGCUGAACACAACACAACACUGUUGACUGAUGGAGAGGGCGGAGCCUGAGAUGGGAGAGGGGCGGGGCUCUGCUGCAUGCCAGUUGCCCCACUUCCCCUCUCUUCCCCAUUCCCCUCUUCUCCCUCACACUAACUGUUACACUAUCGGGCCCUGCGGCCGCACUACCUGGUGACUUACAGCACACCAGUCAGAAAGAGUCCUGGCGGGUAAAUAUUUGAUUUGGGUUUUUAAGUUGUUUUUCAUUUUGAAUCAUGCUUCCUUAAAAUGGCGUUUUAUAUUUGUUCCCAUGAGAGACUUAAUGGACCAAGAGCUUCAUUUGUCUGGUCAAACUACGAAAAAAUAUAAAUCGCCUUAUGGGUUGUUAUUACAGACAAUUUUCUUUUUUGUGUGUAUGUAGUUUCUUGUUUUACUGUCUACAGGAUCAUGCAGGUAGAUUUUCUUUAUUAUUUUCAGGUUUUUGAAUUGUUUAGUAGCUGUUCACAUCAUAAUUUCAUCCAAAUAACAUUCAUGUUGGUGUGGAGGGUACCGAGGCCCAUACACAAGCACACGCUCGCAGAACGAUGUACACGAAUUACCUGAUGUUUCAUGAUCUGUUUUUUUCGAUGUUUGGAUUAAUGUGAAAUUUCAUAGAUUUUUGUACAGAACGUGAGAAAAAAAGUAGAAAAGUGAACGAGUUGUGCCAACUGUGUUUUUAUGUAAAAUAUUUCUAAAGGUAUCUAAUGAAUGUCUUAGGUCCUUAUUUAUUUUUUCAAUGUCUUAAAAUGAGGACAAACACAAACCCUUUUUAAACUUCAGCUCUGAUUUGUAACCGCAUGUUUUUAAUACGAAUGAAACCACAAAUUUACAUGUCAAAUGGAAAUCUCAGCCUUAAGCGUCGUGACAGGAUGUGCCGUUCUCGGACCCGAGUGUGCGGCAUUGUAUAUUUGACUGUGAUUCAGUGGUGCUAGUGAAACAGGUUUUUAGCUAAUCUAAUUGAAGACGAAGAUGAAUAAUAUGAGCUUGUUUUAAUUCCGAGGGCACUAAACGUCCCAUGAUAACUUAAUCAUUGAAAACCAAACUUUUUCAAUGUGAUUUUGUGUUUUGGCCUCUGACCUUUUUGGUAACAUUAAUUCAUGUUCGGUAUUUAAUGCGUAUUCAUGUUUUGUUAACUUGCUUAACAUAAUUAUUGUAUCCUAGUGUUUUGAAAUGACGCAUGCCUGCAUUGUGAUCUACGCUGUAUAUGUUCACGUAGCUCUGUAA